GAAAAGUAGAGAAGAAGCGAGGGACGAAAAGUAGCUCAGUAUAUGCGUCCUACAUAUAAGCUUCGGAUUUUCUCACAAAUUGUUUCAUCUCAUCUCAUCUCUUCACCAUCAUCAUCCACCUCAACAUGUUUUCUCGGAUCCUCCUCCCGAUUUUCGGGCUUCUCAGUCUCGUUGCUGCAUAUGCAAAUCCAGGUGCUUGUUCUGGUAAUUGCUAUGCUCAUGAUCCUGCUCUGAUCCAACGUUCAAGUGAUGGAACUUGGUUCAAGUUCAAUACGGGAAAUGGUAUUGGAAUUUGGAAAGCGACUGCACUGGCUGGUCCUUGGACUUAUGUCGGUGAUGCUUUGAGUGGAAGUAGUAUUAACCUCUCUGGAAAUACUGAUCUUUGGGCACCUGAUGUGCAUCUCGUGGGCUCAACUUACUACAUGUACUAUGCGGUUUCAACAUUCGGCACUCAAAACUCAGCAAUUGGAGUUGCAACCUCCAGCACCAUGGAAGUAGGAUCAUGGACCGAUCAUGGUGCUACUGGUGUUGCAUCCUCAGCCGGCAAACUUUACAAUGCUAUUGAUCCUAACCUCAUCUUGGUCGGCAGUACCUAUUAUCUCAACUUCGGUUCCUUCUGGGACGACAUCUACCAAGUAGCCAUGGCAUCCACCCCCACCAAAGCCGGCGGCUCCGCUUCCUACAACCUCGCCUACAACUCCACCGGUACCCAUUCCGAAGAAGGCUCCUACAUGUUCUAUUAUUCCGGGUACUACUAUCUCCUCAUCUCCUCCGGAAUCUGUUGCGGUUACGACACCUCCAAGCCAGCACAAGGUGCCGAAUACAAAAUCAUCAUGGGAAGAAGCACAACUGCGACGGGCAAUUUUGUGGAUAAGAACGGAAAGGCUUUGUCGGCCGGUGGCGGAACUACUUUGUUGGCUAGUCAUGGGAAUGUGUAUGGACCGGGUGGACAGGGCGUCUAUCUCUCCUCUUCCGGCCCACUCCUCUACUACCACUACGCGAACCCAACUAUCGGUAUCGCAGAUGCCGAUUAUCUAUUCGGAUACAAUUAUCUCACCUUUUCCGAUGGGUGGCCUUCUGUCUAGAUAGAUUGCCUCUUGCCUCUCAUUCUCACCCGAUAUUCAAAAUCUCAUAUCCAAACCGAGAUUCGGAUUGAAAAGUCGUUGAUGAAGGGAUAUUUGGGGGUUUCUUCUUACUAAAAAAAAAGGGGGGGGACCAGGAGGAUUUCAUAAGUAUAUACUUUUAUGACCAGGUCAGAUCGGAUCGCAGAUUCAAAGUCGCUGUACAUACUUCUUUUCUUGUACAUAGAAUAUAGGAUAUUUUUUUGUUGUUGUGUUUUAGGAGAAAUAUUUUGCAUCAACA